UGGGGAACUUCCAUGCCUUUCAACAGAUUGUUGUGACACAGAGCGUUGUUACACCUUGAAGAUUACACCAGUGUCAGUGUUGCUGACUUGAUUUACUGUUAUUAUAACUUUCAGUUUAGCCGAAUCUAAAUUGUAUUUACAUUGGAGACAAGAUGACGUCUGCUGCAAGUUUUACAGCCAACCAGAUGGAUGAUGUCUCUGACUACCUCUGGAACAACAGCCUGGACCUUGCAAAGGAAACACUGCAUCUUGAGUUCCUGAACAAAUUAAAAAGUUAUACCAUGAAAGCUGAACGCUAUCUCAAGUUCACUCUGCAGGACAUGGUCUACCUGGAUGGGGUGACUGCGAUGCUGAAGGAGAUGAGUGAGAAGGUCACAGAGCCAGAGGACCUGAAGGUUUUCAUUGAAGGAAGGCACUCCAGCUACAAGAAGUUUAGGGACUCAUGCCUCCAGAGCCUUUUCAUUAAGGACCUAAAUUCCAUCGAACCGAUGCCAGCCAUGCAGAAGUAUCUGGAUACGUACAGAGAGGUGAUGAAGGAGAGUGAUCCUGUCUACUUCGUGGUGGCCCUGCUGCCCUGCCCCAGAGCCUGGUCCUGGAUAGCUCAGAAUCUGCAGUUACCCAAACACAGUGUCCACUACAUCAGGAAAUCAGACAGUGAGAGUGGCCAGUCCGAGAAGCAUUACAGACCCAUUCUGAACAAGUACCUAAACUCGACAGAGAAACUGCAGAAGGCCAAUGAUAUCUUCCGCAGGCAAAUGCAGAAUGAGCAUGACUUCUUUUACACUUCUUGAGCUGACAGCAGAAAUGCUGUCCUGGGGUUUUAUUACUGAAACUUCCUAAUUUUUUUGUCUUAAGAUCUGACAGGUGAAGAUAAGAUUCUCCACAAAUUCGUAUUACAGAAGCAAAUCUGAUCUUAAUCUUAUCUCCACUUAGGACAUCUUAAACUAUUCAAUUGAUGUCAAAAAUCAACUUGCAUGUCUGUUACCUAGCACCCAACAAUCCAUGCACAGCUGAAACGUAAACACAUAAUCAAAAUAAUGAAAUUAGGUAACCAGACAUAUAGCUACCAUUACUGAUAUAAAAAAUAUCAAACAAAACUACAGUGUGAUAUACCUAGUUGUGAGAAGUGUGAGAGUGCCCCCUGCUGUUUAUCAGAGCGCCCCCUGCUGUUUAUCAGAGCGCCCCCUACUGUUUAUCAGAGCACCCCCUACUGUUUAUCAGAGUGCCCCCUGCUGAUUAUCAGAGCGUUGCCGCCACCCAGUUUCAGUCUCCAUUUCCCAAAUGCUUUAGCCGAGCGUGCUAGCGUUACUCCUCCUAAUAAAUAGGCACAC